AUGCAGAAGACGCUCUUAGAUUUUGUGCGGAAGGGCACCAGCAGCAACGGCCCAGCUGCCGCCAACGCGGUCGUCGCCGCGGACAGAGGGCGGCAGCGGCAGCGGCAGUGGCCCUCGGCAUCGAACGGCGAGGGCACCACGCCUCGGACGGACUCACCGCCUAAGAAACACGCCAAGACUCUGCGCGAGGACAGUCGCAACCGUAGUAACUCCAGGGAGCCCGAAAGGGAUAGUCUGAAGGGUGCCUCUAGAGAUGACGCGGUUGACCUCGACGCGAGUGUGUCAGUCGCACUCCUGGAGUCGACACUCCCCCAUAGCGAACAGGGCGGUACCGUUGACAAGGCGAAGCACGUCUCCAGCGGCACUACUGUGCCUGCUGCUGCCGCUGCCAUCACCAGCCGUUGGCUUGCCGGCCUAAUCACGAACCUCGAGUGGAGAGACUUCCUGGCUCCCAUUACGGCUGAUUCGUGGCGAGGUGGCGCCUUCGCCCGCAUUGAGCGCUUUCUCGAUGGGGAAAAGGAAAAGGGCAGGGCCAUACUGCCGCCUGCCACGGACAUCUUCAACGCGUUCAACAGCUGCCCAUUUCGUGGCUUGAAGGUGGUCCUGCUCGGCCAGGACCCGUACCACGAUCUUCACCAAGCGCAUGGACUCUGCUUCUCCGUCUUGCCCGAAGUACCGCUUCCGCCGAGCCUGCGUAACAUAUACAAGGAGCUCACGACGGACAUCGCGGGCUUCCAGGCACCAAGGCACGGCUACCUGCAGAGCUGGUCGGAGCAGGGGAUGCUGAUGCUGAACGCGACUCUGACCGUCGAGGCGCACAAGGCCAACUCGCACAGCAAAACCAGUGGCUGGACCGCCUUCACGGACGCCGUCAUCCAGCACCUUUCCCAGCACCACCCCAACCGGCUCGUGUUUCUGCUCUGGGGUGGCUACGCGCAGCAGAAGAAGAAGCUCAUAGACGCAAGCCGGCACAUUGUCCUGGAGAGCGUGCACCCAUCACCGUUGAGCGCCAGCCGCGGCUGGUUCGGGUGCCACUGCUUCUCUGCGUGCAACGAGGCGCUGCAGAGCAUGGGCCACCUUCCCAUGCAUUGGCAGCUGCCAUUGAAUGCUUCGCUGCGCUGA